GAAAUUAAGUGAAGUUGACUUGAAGUGAUUUGAUUGAUGAUGGUGAUGAAGAUGAUGAGGAAGGACUUUGUUUGCUGCUGGAGAUAAAUUGGAGACAAAAAACGCGGCCCACAGUGCCACUCGGCCCUUCGCCCGGCUCUUGGCCCUUGCGUUCACCUUUUCCCUAAUAUCAUUAUUGGUGUUGAGCAGAUGUGGCCCUGCAGGCGACACACAGGCACCCGCAGGCACCGGCCCAAGUAAAGGUUCUGCCAGCGAAAAUUUUGAUGUCCCCGGAGGAGGACUUCAACAGAACGUCGAUGACCCAGUUGCUUUGCAGAGCAAUAUGCUGAACGACAGAGCCGGUUAUCUGCAACUUCUUCAACAGAGAGAGGAAGAGAACAGGCUUGAAGUCAAAAGACUUACCGAUGAAAUUAGGCUGCUGAAAUUGAAAAUUUUGCAACUCAGUGGACCUCAAGGAAUUAAUCACCAAGAACAGCAACAGAGCAUCAACGUGUCAACGCCUCCAGUUACUGGUGCCAAUACACUUCUAGGAGAUUGUACAGCCUUUGUCAGAAAACAAAUAAGCAACGCCGAAAUCUUCCACGGAAUGCCCUUAAACAACGAGUACGAGCUCAUGCCCUACAGUCACUUUACCUUCUCCAGAGUUUACCCAGUUGAUUUGGGUUUGGGUAAAAGGGUUGUCGAAAAACCAAUUGGGUAUAAAAGGAAAGAUCUUUUGGAAGCCCUCAAUAGAGCCUUGGAUAGUCUGAACAGGAACCUGACUUUAGCAGGCGUUCAGGAAAAGGUCAAAUACACUUUGGAUGACUUCCUAGAAGGUGUAUACAGGACAGAACCAACAACAGGUACCCAGUACGAACUCUACUUCAAAACCAAAAUCAGCAAACCAUCAAACAAUCACCAAAUCAGCAGCAAUCAGCAGCAGGAGACCAGUGUUGUCAAUUCUAUUGCUGGUCAACAAAUUACAACAGUUGUUCACCAUACUGGAGGUCAUACCAAGGUGACCUUGAUGAGACCUUUUGCACCUUUGCAAGCCUUAGGAUCUGUAAAACUUGCUGGCCCUAAGGAGAAGGAAAUGAUACAUGUGAUACUGCCUUUGAGUGGACGAAUUUCCACCUUUCAGGGUUUUAUGGAUAAGUUUGCAAAAAUAGCACUAAAACACGACAGGAGAGUCCAGUUAUCAGUUGUCUACUUCGGUGAAACCGGUUUAUCAGAUGCAAGAAGAAUCAUGGCUCGUGUUUUGAGUGCCAGAAAUAGUGGAGCCACAACUGCCAAUUUAAGGCUUUUGGCCCUAAACGAGACCUUCAAUCGUGGCAAAGGCUUGAGGGUAGGUGCUGAAAGACCUUGGGACACUAAUUCUUAUGAUGGUAAAGAUGCAAAUGAAGAUGUUACCAAGGGCAAAGAAAGGGAGGAUAUUUUGCUGUUUAUGUGUGAUGUGGAUGUUGUUUUUAGUGCCAGAUUUUUGGACAGGUGUCGGUGGAAUACUAAACCUGGGGAAAAGGUUUAUUAUCCAGUAGUGUUUUCCUUAUACAACCCUCACGUGGUCUACACCCUCCAAGGAAAAGAAGUGCCCCCAGAAACAGACCAACUUUUAAUUAGCAGAGAUACUGGAUUUUGGAGGGAUUUUGGAUAUGGAAUGACGUGCCAAUAUCGGUCUGAUUUCCUUGCUGUCCGUGGUUUCGAUGAAGAAAUUGUUGGUUGGGGCGGUGAAGACGUCAUGUUGUAUCGAAAAUAUGUUCGAUCGAGUGCCCAUAAGGUUAUUAGAGCUACUGACCCUGGGAUUUUCCAUAUUUGGCAUCCAAAAGUUUGUGAUAACAGUCUAUCAGUCGACCAAUACAGGGCUUGUAUAAGGUCUAGGGCCCUAAAUGAGGCUUCUCAUGCCCAAUUAGGUUUCCUGGCCUUUAGGGAUGAAGUUCAAGCAAGGGCCAAAAGGAGAAAGGAAGAAGGGAAGGAUCAAAACACCAAAUUUAAGGAAAAAACUAAAGAUCAAAAUUUUGUAAAGACUUGAUC